ACUAGAUCCACAAUUGCAGCAUUCCGACGGGUACAAUCAGCCAGAUUCCAUCAACGACAUUCUUUUGGUUUCUACGGAACUUGUAUGUUAUGGCAGCGACCAUUCCCGGUCAGGUAAAGCUAAGGAGGGUAUAUGUCCUCCCGAAGCUAUUCAAGAUACUGCGCACCUUAAACUAGAUCCACAAUUGCAGCAUUCCGACGGGUACAAUCAGCCAGAUUCCAUCAACGACGUUCUUUUGGUUUCUACGGAACUUGUAUGUUAUGGCAGCGACCUUUCCCGGUCAGGUAAAGCUAAGGAGGGUAUAUGUCCUCCCGAAGCUACUCAAGAUACUGCGCACCUUAAACUAGAUCCACAAUUGCAGCAUUCCGACGGGUACAAUCAGCCAGAUUCCAUCAACGACGUUCUUUUGGUUUCUACGGAACUUGUAUGUUAUGGCAGCGACCUUUCCCGGUCAGGUAAAGCUAAGGAGGGUAUAUGUUCUCCCGAAGCUGCUCAAGAUACUGCGCACCUUAAACUAGAUCCACAAUUACAGCAUUCCGACGGGUGCAAUCAGCCAGAUUCCAUCAACGACGUUCUGCUCUCCACGGAACUUUUAUGUUAUGGUAGCCAACUUUCCCUGUCAGGUGGACGUCAUCGCCGCUCAUCUUUCUACCGCUCAACCGUCAGGACAUUACUUGCAGGAACAUCUUAGUAUCUACUAUCAGAACGUGAGAGGACUACGCACCAAAAUUGACGAGUUGUUCAUAGCUGUUUCAGACGCCGAAUAUGAUGUUAUUGUUUUAACCGAAACGUGGCUGAAUGAUCAAAUCAAUUCACUCCAGUUAUUCGGCUCAAAGUACACGGCUUACCGUAACGAUCGCGAUCCAGACAGUACAGGGAAAAAACGCGGUGGCGGUGUGCUUAUCGCAGUGUCCAACCGGCUCUCGUCUAAACAAAAAAAUGCUAGAACCGAUCUCGAACAACUAUGGGUAGAUAUUCGCGGUCGCGAUACUAAUAUUUGUGUUGGCGUAGUGUAUAUUCCCCCCGACUCCGCAUGUGAUAGUGAUACUAUUCAGAAGCACAUAGACUCGGCACUUGACAUCGCAACUUCCAUUCAACCCAACACGGAUCAUCUACUGUUUGAUAAAAAGAAAAAGAAGCCCGACGGGGGCCUUAACUGA